CUUACCGAUCUGAAUAAAGAUAAACAGACAAAUAAACGACACAAUUAAAUGAAAAAACGAAUGCGUUCAUAAAAGAUAAUAGUUAUUGGUCAAAUAUGUCAUAGUCACCGAGAUAAAACCGAUAAGUGGACCACCUUUAACUCAGUUUGACGCUUGCCAACAUCACAGCCGAGGCGCCGGGAUGUGAGAAAUCUGAUGGUACUUGAACGCUGCAUCAGCUAAGGCGGAAGCGGAAAGCUGUGUGGCUAAACAAGAGCGUUCCAACACUCACAGAGCAUAACUGUGCGACGACAGAAACUUGGAUAAAUCACUGAUGGGACAAACAUGAGUCACGCUACAAAAACUAAGUGGUAUCGAUUUACUUUUUAAAUAUGAAUUAGUUCAUAUUUUAUCAAGUUUUUGCUGUGUACAUUUCGAAGUGGAUUUAAAGAGGUGAGAUGUGAGAAGAUGUGAGAAGAAGCGGAACGAGGCCACAAAAACAAACCGCCAGGGAGCUACGUAAAGUCAUCGAGAAUACCGCCAAACAUUACUUCCGUGGAGAUGACGUGAGGGCGGAACCACUGAGCGUCGUGAGUGUUGCCUGACGGACAUCAACUACAGAGACACGCGGUUUGAAAACUACAAACAUGCCUCGAGCCGCCCGGAACCAACUGUGUCCGUGGAUCGAGGCUCUGAUCCUGAGCUACGGCAGCCGGGAGGAGGAGGGGGGCUGCGGCCGGCUGAAGGCUCACGUGAUCGGGGUGGGUCAGAUGACCCAGUCCCAGGCUCAGGGCUCCGAGGGCCUCACGGGGCUCCUCUUCCUGUCCGACGGGGCCCUGCAGAUCCCCGCCGUCCUCACGGCGUCCGCCUGGGAGCGUCUGCAGGAGCACGAGGACCGCGAGUGCUUCACCAGCUUGCUCAACACCACCGUGUGCGUGCAGGACUGCCGGCUCCGGUUCCACAUGGCGCCGCAGAAGAUCAGGUGCAGGUUCUUCCUGUCGGUCGGGGAGCUGGCCACGACCGCCGCUGGGCCCGUCAAGGAGAACACCCCCUGCUCCACGACCCUGCCCUCCGUCCGGCGGAAGAUCUGUGAGACGUGGCGGGCCCAGCGGGGGCGGCAGGAGGAGGAGGAGGCGCCCGACUCCCAGAAGAGCCAGUGUGGGUUCGACCUGUCGGAGCUGCUGGGGGAGUGGCAGCACGACUGCGUGCAGGCGGUGCUGGACGAUGUCCGGGAGCGGCUGGUGGCAGCGAGCCGCCUCCGGCCUGUGAGCCCGCGGCCCUCCACCUCUGCUGACGCCUCAUCGCCGCCUCACCCGGACUCUCCCACCACCGCCACCGGCUGGGACGUGGACAGGGUCCGAUACAAGGGAGCGGAACGUUUCAGCGUCCCUGUCAAGUGUCUCCUCAUCCCAGAGGAAGAUGCUCAGCGGAAACCUGCCUCUGCGGCGGCCGCUCAGGCCUCUGUCGAUGAUGCGGAGUGGCGACUAUCCACGCCAGCGGUCGCAGAGCGAGGUCCUGACCCCUGUGAGACGUCCCCUCCCCCCGCGGAGCACCGCACGCCACACGAGGACACGACCACACCGGUGAUCGUCAACGACAUCGUGCUCUUAACGAACCCGUGGGACAUGUUCCGUCCGCCAUCCUCCUCAUCGUCCUCGGACACAUCCCCACAGACGUCGCCAACAAACACUCUGCGCCGCAAGCCCACCGCCGCUACAUCCACGCCUCAUGACGUUGCCGCUUUAACCAGCACGCAACUUCCUGAGCGCAGCCCAGGGGAAACCCAGCAGUCAUCGGGGGAGCACAGCUUCAUCCCGCCAUACCAGAAACCGCCGCUCUCCUCCUGCGUCCCCGGAACCGCGGCGUCUUCAUCAGCUCCUUCUUCUUCUGUAAUUCCACCAGAACCGUUCUCCAGACCGUCAGACCCGUCGGCCAACGCCACGGACGAACUCGCACGAAAUCCCUCCUCUGUUCACCGAGACGGCGAGAUUUGGUCGAAGGACACGAAGGAGACUGUUGAGGUAAAACACAGGAAGGCGAAGAGAAAGAGGAGCGAGCCCACGCCAGACGUGGAGGAGGAGCAGGUGAGCGGGAACCCUCCAUCUUGGCUCUUUGACGACACGCAGGCGGCGGCCUCUGGCGCCGAAGAGGUCACCGGAGGUCACAACCAGGGUCAAAGUGCUGCGAGCGUGUUGAGGAAAACUCCCACAGUUCACAGCGGCGGCCGGCCGUUCACGUACUCGUACAAAGUGUCCGGACAGAACCUGCAGGACUUGGGCCGAUUCCAAGUGGCCGAGUCGCUGCUGCGCUGGGCCGUCAAGUAUCUGGUCCCGGAGCGGACGGAGAAUCUGCACAACGGGUCGGCGACCUCUGACCGCACCAAGGUCACGUCGCUGUAGGUUCAAACAGUCCGGUCGUUGUUGUUUCAGUCUCUUUCCGACUGACGGACUCGUGUUCGUGUUCCACCGCCGCUCGGUACGACGAAGUAUGUUUUUUUACAAUAUGUUUUUUUAGCAUUUGGGAAUUAAAAAAAUUACAUUUUGUAAAAACAAUUAAAAAAAAUAACAUUUGUA